AUGAAGACGCCAGUCACCGACCAUAAUCAGGUACCGCAAAAAAAUCAGCGUGUCAUUCUGGGCAUGUCUGGUGGUGUCGACUCUUCUGUUGCCGCCCAUCUGUUGCUGCAGGCGGGUUAUCAGGUCGAGGGUCUGUUCAUGAAAAACUGGGAUGAAGACGAUGGCACCGAAUACUGUACAGCGCUGCAAGAUCUGGCAGAUGCACAAAAAGUCUGUGACACUCUGAAUAUCCCGCUGCAUACCGCAAAUUUUGCGGCAGAGUACUGGGAUAAUGUUUUUGCGGACUUCCUGCAGGAUUACAAAGCAUUGCGUACGCCGAACCCGGACGUAUUGUGUAAUCGGGAAAUCAAAUUCAAGCAGUUCGUAAACUAUGCGGAACAUCUGGGCGGUGACUGGAUAGCAACAGGACACUACGCGCGUGGCACCUACGAUAACGGCACCUUUGCACUGCGCAAAGGUAUCGACGCGAGUAAAGAUCAAAGUUAUUUUUUGCAGGCUGUGCCCUCCUCCCAGUUACGUAAAUGUCUUUUCCCGUUAGGCAACUGGCAGAAGCAGGAUAUUCGCGCGAUGGCCGCUGAGCUUGGAUUGCACAACCACGCCCGCAAAGACAGCACCGGCAUCUGUUUUAUCGGCGAACGACGUUUUGCGGAUUUUCUUAAACGUUAUAUCGAAGACAACGCCGGUCCCAUGGUGGAUGAGAACCGUCGUCUCAUCGGCGAACACCGAGGCUUGCAUCAAUAUACGCUGGGGCAGCGCCAGGGUUUGAAUAUCGGUGGUGUAAAGGGCCGGUCCGAGGCGCCCUGGUAUGCGGCGGGCAAGCAGCCCGCCACCAAUACGCUUGUGGUUACACAAGAUCCCAAGGUCCUGGAGGGCAGCUGGCUACGCGCAGGUGAUGUGAACUGGCUAGCUUGCGUGAGCUUUCCGUUGGCCUGCCACGCCAAAAUUCGUUACCGCCAGGCAGAUCAGGCGUGUGUUGUCUACCCGGCAGCAGACGGGGAUUUGUUGGUAAAGUUUGCCGAGCCACAACGCGCCAUAACGCCAGGCCAGUUUGUCGCUUUUUAUAAUGGUGACAUUAUGCUGGGCGGCGCGCGUAUUAAUUCCUGUGAUAUCAGUCUGAAACUAAACGCUACAGACGGUCGUUACCGCAGCAAAGUAGAGCCGUUGGCAAAAUUAACCAGCGAAUUUGGACUGAUGCGUUACCGCGUCGAAGUGGAAUGCCGAUGGUUUGUGUUUCUCAGCCAUCACAGCGAUAUCCUGGAACUGCCUGCUUUAAGCGCCCAGGACGAGAAAUUUGUGGUCGAUAUCAUCGAGGGUUUUGAUCUGCAGGCUGCCCAGGCCAUCAAAGACUUUGAAGCAACCACCAACCACGACGUUAAAGCAGUUGAAUACUACGUUAAAGCGCAACUCAGCCAGAAUGAUGCCCUGGUGCCAUACGUUGAAUGGAUCCAUUUUGGCUGCACAUCUGAAGACAUAAACAAUGUCGCUUAUGCUUUGAUGGUGAAACAAGCUCGUGAGCAGGUGCUGGUUCCACAGAUGAUGAAGCUUGUGCAAACCCUUGAUGGGCUCGCCGUUGAACAUGCGGAGCUGGGGAUGUUGUCUCGCACGCAUGGCCAGAGCGCAUCACCGACAACCUUGGGCAAAGAGUUCAAAAACGUUGCUGUUCGCAUGUUAAGACAGGUGCGACACUGCCAGCAGACGGUUAUUCUGGCAAAGUUUAAUGGCGCGGUAGGUAACUUCAACGCCCACCUGAGUGCCUACCCCGAGUGUGACUGGGCUGCGCUCUCAGCGAAUUUUGUUGAAAGUCUGGGUUUGACCAAUAAUCCCUGGACAACGCAAAUUGAGCCUCACGACUAUCUCGCGGAACUGUUCCAUACCCUGACCCAAUUUAAUCAGGUGUUACUCGAUUUCAAUCGGGAUAUGUGGAGCUAUAUCGCUAUUGAGUAUUUCACCCAGCAGAAAGUUGAAGGCGAAACCGGGUCAUCGACAAUGCCGCACAAGAUAAAUCCCAUCGAUUUUGAAAAUUCUGAGGGUAACCUCGGCCUUGCCAAUGCACUGCUCGAACAUAUGGCUAACAAAUUGCCCGUGUCCCGAUGGCAAAGAGACCUGUCUGACUCCACAGUACUACGUAACAUCGGUUCAGCCUUCGCCCAUUGUCUGAUUGCCUAUCAGGCGACACUCAAAGGAUUGUCCCGUUUGCAGGUUAACAGCCAGGCGAUUACGCGCGAUCUGACAAGCAGUUGGGAGGUGUUAGCCGAACCUGUACAGACAGUCAUGCGUAAAUAUGGUCUCAGUGAACCCUAUGAAAAACUAAAGGCUGCGACCCGUGGCCAACAGAUUGAUGAAGCUGUAUACCGGCAAUUGAUUGAUACCCUGGACCUGCCGCCUGUGGCCCGGGAGGAGCUGCGCGCCCUCACUCCAGAUGUAUUUACUAUGGCGCUCGAUGUGCACGUUGUUACCGCCUCCUGGGAUCAGCAUAAACAAACAUUGCGAUCGAUCCGCGAAGACGUAUUUAUCGUUGAACAGGAAGUUCCGCGCGAGCUUGAGUGGGAUGAUGAGGAUGAAACAGCGACGCAUUUUCUGGCGGUGAACAGUCUGGGUCAGUUUAUUGGUUGUGCACGUUUGCUGAAAAGUGGUCAGAUUGGGCGUAUGGCGGUGCUCAAGUCACAUCGCGGCAAAGGCAUUGGAAAUGCGCUAUUGGAAGCGGCGGUAACCGCGGGUAAGGCUGCUGGUUUUGAGCGAUUGUUUUUGCAUGCACAGAGUUAUGCAGAACCCUUUUAUCGUCAGGGGGGAUUUUUGCCUUAUGGACAAGCGUUUACUGAAGCAGGCAUUGCGCACAUUGCCAUGGAAAUGAAAUUACCGUUGCCGUUUGAACCGCCUGCAGAUCUGCCCGCUAAGAAAGUGUCACCUGAUUCAGGGCAUACAGCCGAUCCGCCAACCCGUUCGGUCAGCAAAGCGGAUUUUUUUGAAGGUUACAGCGACUGUUUACAGGCAUUGGAACGGGUGAUCGCAAGUGCCCGACGUCGCCUGUUGAUAUUGAGUCCUUAUCUGGACCACGAGUUGUUUGACCGGGAACACAUUGCCCAAGCCGUUUCAGCACUUGCGCGCAGCGCACCCCGGGUGGAAAUCGAAAUACUGAUCUUCAACAGUCAACUGAUGGUUGAGCGUGGCCACAGAUUGCUGGAACUCGCGCGCAGGUUGGAUCAGAAAAUAACCAUACGUUUGCUGGAUGAAACACCGACGGGUACAUCGUCCAGCUUUGUCUGUGCUGACCUGGAUGCAUACUGGCUACUGCCGAGUUUUGAGAAGCACCAGGGUAUUGCGGAUCUCAAUAAUCCUGUAACAGUAAAACGGCUGAAUGAAACUUUUGCAGAAGCCUGGCGUAAAAGCAGAGAAGAUCCUAAUUUGCGUCUGCUGCGGAUCUAA